GUCGUCGUAGAGAGAGUGUCGCUCCCGCCGUUCGCUCUCUCUCACUUUUGUUAUUUUGAGACGAUGAAGGAAAGAGAGUGAUAGAGAGAUAGAGAGAUAGAGACAGAAGAAAACGAAAAGGAGGAGAAGGAAUAAAGACAAAAAUAUAGUACUGAAGAAAGAAACAAACAAACUAACAAACAAACAUUGAAAAGAAGAAAACGUUGAGGGUAAAUAGAAAUGAGAAAAGGAAACGUUUGGGAGAAGAAAAAAAAGUGAUAUAAUAUAAAGAAAAAUAAUAAAACAAUAGAAUUAAAACAAUGAGAAUUAUGUAAAACCAGGAUAAAAACAAUGAAGAGAAAAAUAUGAGAAAAAGAAAAUCAAUUGAAAAGAAAAUAAAGAACUAACAAAAGAAAAGAGGAAAUAAUAAAAAUAAGGGAGAAAAAAUAGAAGGAAAACAAAGAACAGAAAACAAAAACAACAAAGAAAAGGAAAAGGCAGAGAAAGGAAAAGAAAAAGAAGAAAAACACAAGAGGUGGCAACACUGACAAUAGAAAAAAGAAAAAGAAAGGAAAAAACUAAGAAAAUCGAAUCACUUGACAAUUAUCAUCUCCCACCUCCAACAACAACAACAACAACAACAACAACAACAACAUCUAAGGCCCCCCCCCCCCCCCCACCAGACUCCUAAUUGCUCCACAGCCAACCCAACGAACACCCGUCCCACCCACGCCCUCAUAAGCAACAUGGGCGUGCGGGCGUGGCGGUGGGUGGCUCUGCGGGCGUGGGCGGCAGUGUGGGCAUGGGCGGCAGCAGUAUCAUCGGCAACAUCAGGAGCAGGAAGACCCAAUGUCGUGAAGGAGGUGCCCGGCCUGGAUGUGGGUCCAUUGGUAGGGGUGACUGUGGCCAGGGGGGGCGUGGCUCGUCUCCCCUGUCGCUACCCUGUGGUUCCUGAAGACACAAUCAAUCUGGUGCUUUGGUAUCUCAAUCACACCUCAAGACCAAUCCUCAGCUACGACGCGCGGGCCAGCCUUGAGCGGGGGACUGUGGCGCGUGGUGUAGGCUCGCGUAUGGUUCUGAGCGGCGGUGGGACAGGCCUGCUCAUACGAAACGUUCACCACAGGGACGAGGCGGAGUACAGGUGUCAGGUGCACUUCCGCCUCUCGCCUACCUGGACACAGAGGCUACUUUUGCGUGUGCCGGAGCGCGUGGAGGACGUGGUGCUAACUGACGGUCUGGGGCUACCUCUAGAGGGCAGGACGGUCGGGCCACUGAGGGAAGGCGGCUCAUUGGACCUCGCCUGCCAAGCCAACCACGGCUCCUCCGAGGUGGUCAGUCUGGCCUGGAUGCUGGAAGGCGAGACAGUAGACGCCACCUGGGCCGCGGCGGGGAAAGGCAUGGCCAUCAACCAGGUAACACUAAGCGGACUAAGAGAUGAGCAUCGUAACGCGCACCUCACAUGCAGACUGGUGGCACGUGACCCCGAGCACGGACACGUCAGGGAGAACAUAACAGACUCCUCCAUCAUCAUCACUAUGUAUUACGUCCCGGAGGCUACACUGUUGGUGGAGGGAGGAAGGAGGAGCGGAGGAGGAGGGAGAGAAGUAGUGGAGGGAAGAAGUGUUAGUUUCCUCUGCUCAGUUCGCGCCGACCCACCUGCUUACAACAUCACCUGGCUGCUAAACGGCCGCGUGGUGGGCGUGGGGGCUCGGCGGUGGCGCAGGGACAACGCCUCGCUGGUGGUGAACCCGGUACAGCGGCAGGACGCGGGGCUCUAUACCUGCCUUGCCAGUAACGUGGAAGGUGACGGACAUUCCAACGCGGUGCUGCUGAAGGUCGCCCACAAGCCCUACUGCACCGGCACCCCGAACAAGCACCUGGUGGUCGCCGCGCGGGACAACAUCACGUUAACCUGCCAAGUAGAGGCUGUACCUGACGCCCUAGACUUCACCUGGCGGAUGUUGUCCCCACCUGAAAUCACACUGAAGGAGGAGGCUGGAGGAGGAGGAGGAGGAGGUCACCCAGGCUACCCUCCACCAAUCCCAAACCUCAAUGACCUCCCCAAAUUCUCCCCAGCUACCAACCCUUGGAAGCUCCCUGGUUCUGGGGUGAUGGGGAGCGCUGGGGAGGACGAGGGUGAAGGUGGGGUGCUAUUGCGUCAUCGCGUGGACUCUGCUUCCCCUACCAAGUCCUAUGUGACACUGAACGCGCGGGGUCCGGUCCAGGUUCUGUGUUAUGCUAAGAAUCGCGUCGGCAGAACCAGGGUACCAUGCACCUAUACCCUGUCUGUUGUGGAGCCCCCUCAGCCCCUCCAGAACUGCAAUAUCACCACAAUCUCCGAGGCGCUGCUGGAGGUAAAGUGCGACGCCCACGCCCGCGCCCACGCCCAUGCCCACGCCCCCCACGCCCCCCCGCAGCUGUCCCCCAGUGCCAGCUUCGUCCUGUCCCCCGAAGCGAGUGCCAAAGCCAACCUGGAGGUAUGGUUCAACGACACACUGCUGGCUAACGAGAGCGAGGCGCGGCCCACGUUCACAGUGCGCGGUCUGCCCCCGGCCACGCCCCUAACGCUGGUGCUGUACUCCGCCACGCCCCACGCCCGCUCCACGCCCGUCACGCUGCACACACGCACGCUGCCACGCUCCUCAGUGAUGCCAGAGCCCUCCAACCCACCCAUGAGCCAGAGAGACACGGAUUUGAGCACUGAGGCAACGAGUAUGGCAGCGGGCGGGUACGGAGAGCUGGGCGUGGCUAUCGGCGGCCUGGUGGGUGGUGUUGGCGUGACCCUGCUGGUGUUGGUGGUGGUGAUAUUGGUGAUGAAGAGAAGGCAGAAAACGCGGGCUAACCUUGAGGAGCUGGUGUCUACGGGUGGUGAUGGUGGUGGUGGUGGUGGUGGUGGUGGUGGUUUGGAUUCUAGUAAAGACGUAUUGGUGGGGAAGGUUGAGGAAAUUGAGGUUUUGGGGGAGACUCUGGAACUCCCCCACACACCCCUCCCCACACCCCGCCCCCAGCCACACACACCCCGCCCCCCGCACACCCCACGGCUCCCCAGGUACCCCCAGACGCCCCCCCCACCCAGGGUGUUAAGACGAGGGAGUGAGACAGGUACGGUUUGCAGCCAGGAGUCCAUGGUUGACCUCACGAAGACCCCGCCGCCGCCAGGUCACGAGGGGUUGGCGGGGGGGAGGGGCGGGGGCACGGGCGCCUCCCCCAAGGUCAAGUGA